AUGAGCCAUUUCACACCAGACGAUGUCCAUGAAUGGGAUGAGGAAGUCUUCGCUGGGAGCGAUGAAUGGCUGCGCGAGACUUUCAGGUCCAAGAAAGCUGAGCUUUCCUCAACGCCCUCUUGUUUGAGAGAUAGGACGACGUUUUGUGAGUUGGCCGAGCUCACACAUCGUCAAUACAAGCGCCACGAUGAUGAAGAGGCUCUGGAAAGCUCAAUACAAUUCGAACAAGAGGCCGUCGCAUAUAUCAGCACUGGCUUCCAAAGAGCAAAGUGUCUGUUGACUCUUGGAGACUUGCUGUUUCUACGAUUCCGUCGUAAAAAGGCUGCGAGAGAUAUUGAAGACGCUAUCGAAGCUGCGAAACAACACGUCUAUCCAUAUAACGGACCUCUCAAGGUCGCCAACCCUACCGAACUAGCUAUGGAUCCAGUCUUUGCCGACUUGGAGGAAUCAAUCACGAUUUCCGAAGAAGCACUCGAGCUACUUCCCGAAGACUGGUCUGAUCGAUGGAUAUGGCUGAGAAGUCUGGCCCUAGCUUACUUGGCUCGUUUCGACCAGACCCAAGGCUUCGAGGAUAUCGACAAGGCCCUCAAUAUGUGCGAGCUCGGCCCCGAGGAGGACGAAUGCGAUCCUUCGUGUAUCCUCAUCGAAGGAAUUCUUACCCGAUUCCGCGCGUUUGGUGACGUUGCCGAUUGCCAUGACGCCAUCCGUCUCUCCAAGAUCGCAUUAGAUAGGAAGCUCGGUAAUCCGAAAAGAGUCAGCCAAUGUCUUGCUGAAGCAUUCUAUUACCUCUAUUACUCAACUCACAACCUGGAGCACCUUGAUGAGAGUAUUGAGAUUUCUCGAAAUAUUGAACCAGGUGGCCGUCACUCGGUAAUCACAAGAUGCCAGAGGUUCAAAAGCCAUGUUCUGUACCAGAGGUAUCUGCAGACGGACAACUAUUCGGAUCUUCAUGAAUCCAUUACCGCCGCGGCAGGUGUGGUGCAUAUCCUCCAGACCCCGACACCUAAGUCUGCCACCAGUCUUUUCGGGAUCCUUGCAAGUGACUGGAUUGCAAAGACAGGAGUCUUCCCGAACUCGACUCAACUCUCCGAGGCUCUCGAGUGGCCAGCAUAUCUUCCGAUAUUUGAAACAAGUCGAAUUCAUUCUCUUCAAGAACUCGCACAUCGGCACUAUGAACGUUAUGAGAGAAGGGCCAUGGUAGGAGAUCUUGAAGAAGUAAUUCGUGUUUUGAGGACCAUGGAGGAAAUGGUACCUAGCGCCACGUUGCGUGGUCAAUUGGGAAGCCGACUGAAGGAUCUGUAUCUGGAACUACGGUUCCCGCAUUUUCUGACAGAAGCUACUGAGAUCUUUCGAAAGUUGGUCAAGGGCUGUACCGAAAGUUCGGAUCACAUGCUAUACCGUUCGCAAUUGGCCGGGUCACUUGCCUUUCAUCACGAGUGGACGGGACGCACAGUUGAACUGGAGGAAGGCUUCACCAUCAUAACAGAGAUGCCGAAGCUAUCAAAGGACGAUGGUGAAGUUUACUGCUUACAGCUAGACGCUUUGGUCAGUCUGCACUACCAGAAAUGCCGUGUUGAAGGGACUUUGCCUAAUAUCGAGUAUACAAUUAAAUCCUUGAAGCAACUGUCACUAUCUGGUUCCCAGUCGUACGUGAGAAAGGCUUCAACCCAGCUGGUAGGAGCUCUUCUUUGGAAGUACUGCAUCACCGAUGACCUCAAGGAACUCGACACUGCAUUGGAAAUGGCAAAACAGCUUGAGGCGUCACUUCCAAGUAGAUACCCAAAUCACCACAGCAUCAUUCGACAUAGGCUAGCAAUAUCACUCUACGAAAUGCAUCUGAGGAAGCCAGCCGUUGAGCACCUCGAACAGGCUAUUGAGCUUGAGCGAAAGUGCCUAGGUCCAUUACAUGUGACCAAACAUCUGUCGAAUGCCAAUUUGUCUUCCCUACUUUCCGAGCUAUAUGCGACGACGGGCGAACGAAAAUAUCUUGAAGAGUCAAUCGAAACCUCACGAGACACAGAACGUACUGAUGGCCGGUAUCAUAUGUGCUUUACUGGUCUCCACAGAACCGUCCCAUGGAUAUUUGAUGAUUCCAUGACCGACGCUAUGGUCGCACAACUUGGGGAGACCGUCAGCUCAAUGGAAUCAACAGGCGCUGGCAAGGCAGCCUGUCUGAGUACUCUCGCAUUGGCACUCAAUGGUGGAUCGUAUGAUGAUACCACAGCCAUUCAAUAUGCAAGACAAGCCCUUGCACUCGUCCCGGAGGAUCACCAAGACUACCCCUGGCAUAUGUGCUGUCUAGUACUUUGUCUAAACACGGGGCUUGUUUUGGAUGGACAGAAAAGAGCUGAACCUAGACUUCCCGUUGGAACCGAGGCUGGUGUGCUUCAAGAAAUGAUCACACUGGCAGAACAAUCUCUCAAACUGUCGCAGCCCGACGACCCUAGCAGUCCAUUCUACCUAGUAACGCUUUCCGUCGCCUUCUAUCGUCGCUUUACCAGAACUGGACGAUCCACUGAUCUCAAUGAAGCCAUCCAGAACAGCCUGACUGCUUAUAACUUGACGAACGGUGAUAUAACAGCAGAUCUCUACAAUAGAUACAUUUCUUCGUAUCAACUGUUUAUCUGCCUUCAAGACAAAUAUCUCAGAGAAGUACAUUCCAGUGAUCUUGAACAAUCAACAGUACUGCAUCAAGAUUCAGAAAGCUGCAAGUCGAAGCUCAGAUCAAGCCCCCUGUACCUCGAAUGCCAGGAAAGGCCCGGUGAAAGCUUCCAUGCUUUGCAUCUUGGUACCAACAAGGAAGGCUCCUUUCGACUUGCCAAUAAAGGCCGUGUGCAUGCCUACCUACCGGACAAACUGGAUUGCCACCCCAGCAUAUUUGCUCUUUCGGAGGCAAGCUUCAGCUAUUACCUGCAGUCAAGUGACAGGACCUACAUCUAUCAAGCGCUGACCCUUUGCGAUCGAGCGAGGGAGUGCAUUGGAGAGGAUCAUAUCCAGUAUAAACACCAUUUGCACCUUUUGGGACGUAUCUACGAGAGAUUGUACGAAAGGUCGCGUUCCACCGAUGCCGACGACGGAGACAGGGGUGAUGCCAGACAUAACCUCACUACGGCGAUAUCGAAGUUUCAAGAGCUUCUCGGUGGCCUCGCUCAAGACGAUGGGCUCCGUUACGAAACAUUGUCACGCUUUGGGAAGCUACUCUCGGAGCAGCUGUAUCAUGAUUGGGAUAUUGGAGACUUGAAGAUGGCGGUCGAGGUUCAUCAAGAGUGUCUCAUACAUGUGCAAGAGGGUAGUUCGGAUUAUGCCUUCUGGUUGAUACAUCUGGGACGAUCGAAGAACCUUGCCUACGUACAUUUUGGCAACCAAGACGAUUUGGACGAAGCGCUACGUCUACUCGAGAAAGCGAUGAAGUUAGACCCGAAGGACCCAGUCAUCAGACGCACCUUGGUGCAUAACCUUGCUGAAGCAUACCGCUCAAGGUUCAAAGUUACUAGUGAUCUUCUAAAUAUCAGUACCAUAGUCAAGAUCUAUCAGGAUGCUGUUGACUUGUUCUCCGGCUCACUCGAUAAGAUAAAGCUGAUGACAUGGCUGGGACAUGCGUAUCUUGACAAAUACCAGCAGACGAAGGUCUUGGAUGAUUCAAGUUCAGCUCUAAGCAACUUAGAAGAGGCUUUGAAACUCCAUAGCGGUUACACUGAGGACACAAUACGAAGCUUGAUUCUUGAAGGUCUUAUCAAAUGUCAUCUCGCACGGAAUCGCUAUACUGGAGGCAUGGAGGAACUAGACACAGCCAUAGUGUACGCACAGCAAGCUUCUCAGACAAUGCGUUCUGGUAAUCCCCAUUUCAACAACACAUCUGGCCUCCUAGGACUUGGCUAUGCUACCAGAUUCGAGACAACUAGAUCCGAAGAUGACAUUCGACUCUCGGUCGAAUCAGACGGGAAAGACUUCUGGCAUUCUAUGUCAAGUCCCAAUGUUUCCAACCGACUGGACAUUGCACAGAGACUACUCAAGUCCUACGCCAAAGUUAAAAACUGGCAGGAAGGUUUCAAAGUUUCUACAUACAUACUGGAGUCGAUCCCCCAGUACACACCGCGAUAUCUCUCACCUUCAGACGCUCAAAGUCUCUUGGCCAAGAUCAGUGGUCUAGCAUCCAUAGCAGCAGCAUUUUCCAUCGAAGUUGGUAAUGCAGGUCAAGACACCCUCCAUCUUCUUGAACAGGGUCGUGGUGUAUUUGCGGAUUUUCUGUAUGAUCUGCGGGUUGACUUCAACGAUCGGCGAUUUCAGAAUCUUAAUCCCAACUUUAAGCAAAAGUUCAAAAGCGCCCUUGAUCAACUUGGGGAUCCAGCAAACAAAGGAGCGACUCUUUCUGAGAGAAUGACCGCAAGCAAGAAUUUCAAUGGGCUUCUUUACAACUUCAAUAUAUGGCAACAAAAAUACCGCCUCGGUACCGAAAACGCGAAUUUCGCGGUAUUCACCAAGGUUGGACCUAUUGUUGUUAUCAAUGUCAGCCAUCGAUGCGAUGCCUUCUUGAUAAGAAACGUAACAGUUGAUGUGUUGCCUUUACCCCAACUCUCUCAAGGCGAAAUCGACAGGAAGCUCAAGAGUGGACACCUCGGGAGUACUGAGAUUUUAGAGUGGCUUUGGGAUACAAUCACUGGGCCAAUUCUGGAGAAGCUUGGUUACACGGAACAGCCUGCUGGUGAAGACUGGCCAGAGAUCUGCUGGAUUCCAACAGGAGCAUUGAGCCGGUUCCCAUUGCACGCGGCAGGCUAUCAUACCGAUGGCUCUGGAGACACUGUUUUGGACAGAGUCAUAUCGUCUUACAGCUCUUCCAUCAAGGCAAUAAUGGAAUCUCGGUUGGAAGCCAAUAAACCACCGUCCGCAAAGGCAGUCAUGGUCGCUAUGCAGAAUACACCAGGCUCCAAUGCGAGUUUGCCCUUUGCGCAAAGUGAAAUAUCGAAAGUCCAAGGUCUUUGUGAGUCAAUGGCUCUCACGACUGUUGAACCCGACAGGACAUCGCGGCAGGUGCUUUUGGAAUUGAAGGAUUGUCAAAUUUUCCAUUUUGCUGGCCACGGCAAGACAGAUGAGACGAACCCUUUGAAAAGUGAGCUGCGUCUAGAUGAUUGGCAGACACAACCUCUCACAGUCGCUGACUUGCUGGAUCUCAACUUGCGAGAGAACCCACCCUUCUUGGCAUACCUCUCAGCCUGUGGUACGAGUCGCAUCCGAGAUCAGCGAUUACUGGACGAAAGUCUGCAUCUUAUCAGUGCAUGUCAACUAGCUGGAUUCAGGCAUGUCGUCGGUACAUUGUGGGAAGUUGAAGAUGAGGCUUGUGUUGAGGUUGCUGAGAAUGUGUAUGGUCGGAUUAGAGAUGAUGGUAUGAGUGAAGGGUCGGUUGGAAAAGGUUUGCAUGAUGCUGUGCGGAAGCUUCGUGAUACUUGGUUGCAACAAGGUGUGACGCGAGGCUCUGGGGAAAAGCUGGGAGUGAGAGAGGGAAGAGAUAUUGUGGCUUGUGAUGAUGAGGGAGAUGGUUUUAGACCGGCACUUUGGGCACCUUAUGUGUAUUAUACGAGUAGAUAG